AUGGCUGACCACGCGACUGCCGCUCUCAUGGCGGAGCCGACGUUGAAGGAGGCAGCAGCAGCUGUCUUCAACGAAGAGGAGUGCACUGCCUUAAAGGCCAAUCUACGGGCUGAGCAGAUAGCACAGGCCAAGUAUCUGCGCGCUCACCCAGAGAUCCACAAAGCCGUGCAGGAGGGACUAGCAAGGGUACUGCAGUCCCAGCCGGAGGACCCAGUGACCUUUCUGACUCAGUACUUUCUGAGUGAAGAGUUCCUGCACCAGCGACAGCCGUGA